CGCAACACUCACGCGACACGGUCAUCAUUCUUCGACACUCCGACUUCUGCGAGAGUCAGGACCAUAUUAUGUCCCUUGCUAACCCUCUGGAGGACGCCGAUGCCGAGCUUCGCGCCAUGGCGCGCUACUAUCUCGGCCCCGACCCUACACCGUCUGUCCCUGAGGACACCGAAAAAACCGCGUCCCAUCGACUCACCAUCGCCACUUCAACCGCCCCAAAAGGCGAACAACUCAAGAAGCUUAAGCGCAAUGAGCGCGACCGCCAGCGCAGCUUUGCCAAGCGGGAAUCUAUGAAGCAAAUGCGGCAACAAGUGAAGGAGCUGGAGCAGCACAAGCAGCGUCUCGUGGAGCGCACAGGCAGCAACACCGUCUCGCCACAGAGCGACGAGUGCCGCUCGCCAACGCCCCCAAACGCGUCGAGUUCCUUGUACCCGUCGCCAUCGACGCCCAUUAAACGCGAAAACUUUGUACGUCUCGCCAAUGAGAUCGAGGAAUUCCGGCGCCAGAACGCCGUCAUGACGCAGCAACUGCGCGAACGGGACGUGACCACGGGCUACAUGCAAAAUUUGCUGCUUGAAUUCAGUCCGGACGAGACGGACAGUGACAAUAACAGCGAGAGUGACUCGGUCAGUGGCAACAACAAGAGUAAGAAGAGCAAAGAGCCUCUAGGCUCUGGACCUCGGCCGUUUAACGGCAACAGCAGCGUGCGCUUCACGCCGCUCACUCGCGAGGAAGGGCUCUCGUGUGUGCGCCAGACGCUCCAGCUCAUUAACAACGCCCGCGUCCUCUACGCUAGCGACGCGCAGUACCAUAACCGCACCAAGUUCCUCGGUUGGUCGCAAUACACGCUGCGCCAGGGCUCCACCAUCACGUUCUCAGUGAAAAAAUCACUGAAGAACGUGACGCCGGCGCAGCUCAUGGCCACGACGUGGCACUUGCUCACUGACGGGAAGAGGACUCAGAAACUGAUUCCGUCGACUGUCAACACGCACAUCCGGCCCUUACAGAAGCUAUCGGACGAUCUCCUUGUCAUUGAUCGCCGCAGCGAGGACAACGCCCGCUCCGGCGUCAUGGGCAACAAGCUCGCACUGCGUACAGUGUACGUUCUGUUCCGUGUAGCGGAGGCGGACGGUACUCAGACGCUGGCCAUGAAGACCAUCAACUUGCCGCUGGUCAAGAAGCUGCUGCGGGCCGACGAGCAGUGGUGCGAGAUCUUCUACUGGAUCCGCAUCUCGCCCGACGGCUCAGUGCGAACCAGCACGGGUGAAUAUGCUACUGUGACGGAGUUCGGCGGCUCCAACACGUACACGCGCGACGAGAUCGCCAAGGCGUGGCUCGGCGAGCUCGUGUUCCUCGCCAUCCGCUGGGAGUCGCUGGCUGUGGCGCCCACCCUUCUCAAGUUUUAAGCAAAUGUGUUGAAGUGAAAAGUGAAGUGAUAAGCAACAAGCAAAUGCACAGUGUGUUUUAUUCAAGACCGGCGUUA